UGGAUGCUUCCUUGUCUCCUGCCGUGCAACCAAACUAUAGCUAGCUAUGCAGUUAGCCAGGCAUGCAGCAAGAUGCAGAAGCAACUUGCUCUACAUUUGAUUCCGCGGCUUCUUCCAAUUCACAUUUUCGGAUUCUUGUUGGUGUAACUGGUAGUGUAGCAGCAUUAAAAUUGCCUUUGUUGACCACCCGACUCCUUGAAUUACCCGGGGUGGAGGUCAGAGUGGUUACCACUGAGCAUGCCACCCACUUCUACAACCCUGCAGAGGUACCAGUCAGAAUCUACAGUGACAAAGAUGAGUGGGAGUUUUGGAAGCAACGCUCUGACCCUGUGUUGCACAUCGAGCUGAGACGCUGGGCCGACCUGCUGCUCAUUGCUCCCUUGGACGCCAACACCCUGGGCAAAAUUGCCAGCGGAAUUUGUGACAAUCUCCUAACUUGCGUGGUGCGCGCCUGGGAACAGAAUCGCCCCCUGCUCUUCUGUCCCGCAAUGAACACGGCCAUGUGGCAACACCCUAUCACUGCCAAGCAAGUGGCCAUCCUCAAGGAGUUUGGCUACAUCGAGGUCCCCUGCAUCGCCAAGAAGUUAGUCUGUGGAGAUGAAGGUAAAGGUGCCAUGGCAGAGGUCUCGACAAUUGUAGACAUUGUGAGAGAAUACCUUCCAAAGCCCUCUGUGACAUCAUAGAAUAAAGGCAUGAAGGAAAGUGGGCUGUGGACUGCAUGACCUGGUGUGGGAGGACAUUGACCUUUUCAGCAAGUAACUGUGUUUGAGGAAGUGGUUGUAAUGGCAGACUUUGUCCUUCGGGUGAUCUGUUGUGCUGGAUUUCCUGGUUGAUGUUUUCAGAAAUGUCUUUUGUCAGUUGUUCAAUUAAACCUAUUCAA